AUUUUUCCUUUCAUUCCAUGUGACGCUAAGCACCCGGCCCGCCCAGGCCAUUGGUGCCGCCUGCGUGGAACGAGGGGAAAGAGCGGGGGAGGGAGCGCGGGUCCUUCCGGCUCGGAGGGCGCUGGCGGCGCAUGGCCGCCGGCCCGCGGGGAUGAACGGCGGCAUGGGGGCAGAACGGCUGCGGGCCCGUGGUGGAGCGGGGCGGGGAGUGCCGGGCAGCCAGGAUAGCCCUCAGGGGUGGAUGAGAGAACCGCUCAGCUUUCCUGCGGGUGCAGCACAGAUGCAGAAAAAAGUAAGGACUGCGAUACAGGUGAUGGAGCAUGGAAAGAAAGCCAGUGUUCCUUCUGAUGAACUUGGUUCAGCAAACACGGUUACUGAGCAGAAAGAGGAACCUACAGAGGAGAUGGGAGAAGAAUACGUAUACAGAAGUACUGGGGGACCUGAGGGGAGAAAUAGGAUUAAAUCACUUGCAACACAUGAUGAUGAUCUUAGAGAUUGUGAAAUAUAUCUGCCUGUGUCUGAUAGUCCUUCAGCAAUGGAGACAUCUGUGGACAGUGAGGAGGAUGUUUGUUGUAAUGCAGAAGAGAGAGAGAAAGUGCUACCCGUUUGCAAGACAGGCUCUUCAGAAUAUAAAUUAAGUGUUGCAUCUGAAAUGGACAUCCUGGAGUAUUGCAAAAAAGAAUGGAGAGGAAAUACACCAGCAGCAAAAAGGAUGAGAAAGGGAUAUGAAGCAGUUGCACAGAAGUUUGCGUCAAUAAGGCAAGUACGAGGUGAUAACUACUGUGCUCUCAGAGCAACUCUGUUCCAGGCACUAAGUCAAGCUACUCAGUUACCGAGCUGGAUGCAGAGUGAGGAUUUUACUAUGCUUCCUGAGAACUUGGUAAGCAAAUAUGACUGGAUCAAGCAGUGGCAGCUGAAACAGAAACCAAGCAGGAAGAUGGGAGAAAUAAGUGAUGAAAUAAAAGAAGAUCUAAUGCUACUAAGGAAGAAGUGGAAGUGUAUAAGCGACAUCAAAGGUCCUGCUGAGAAACAAGAAGCUUGCGAUAAAUUGUUUAAGAAUGAAGAGGAGGAGUACAGUCUGUAUGAAGCUCUGAAAUUCUUGAUGCUUAACACAGCCAUUGAGUUAUACAACGAUGAAAAAAAUGGAAGGAGAGUUCCCGUUUUCUCAUGGCUACUGUUUGCUCGUGAUACAUCUAGCAACCCUUGUCAGUUAAUGCAUAAUCACCUGAAUCAAAUAGGUCACAGUGGAGGCCUUGAGCAGGUGGAAAUGUUUCUUCUUGCUUAUGCUCUGCAGUACACCAUCCAGGUGUAUCGGCUGUAUAAGUAUGACACUGAUGAAUUCAUCACACUUUAUCCCAAUGAUCCUGAGGAAGACUGGCCUGUGGUGACUCUCAUAACUGAAGAUGACAGACACUACAAUAUUCCAGUCAGAAUGUGCCAAGAAACAGUGCUAUAAAGGGGAUUUUGAACAGACACACCUGCUCUUACAGAGGUUUCCAGUGCCAUUUUGAAACAGGAUGAUGAUGAAAUCAGUGUUGUUGAACCUGCAACAACUUGAAAUUCUUGUUUUAGAAGUUUACAUCUGAACUAAAAUAUCAAACAGGUUCUGUCUUAAAGCUUUUGAGUUAUGCUUGCAACUGUGGCUUCCAUAACUGAUUUUAAAAAAAAAAAUCAAUGGGAACACUCCAAAAUUUUUUUUUUUUUUUAAGAGCUUGGUCUGGAAAGCAGUUGAAAAAAAUAUAGAUAUCAUUCUUUUAAGAAGAUGAGUAGUAAGGUGUGAGCUGUCUGGUGCACUCUAAAAUAAUGAUAUACUGAUGAAUUUAAAUUUCUGGAAAAGUAAGCUGACAGUGUCCUGACAGAUCUUUGUCCAUCUGCAUACAAGCAAUUUGUAUAAAUCGAGGUCUGAAGAA